AAAGAAAACGUAAGAUGAGUCAUUGAACGAGUCUUUUGAUGUGUUCUGAUCACUUAUGUGUUUAGUAAGAUGGUUGCAGGAAACUCUUGCUGAAAUCAGUGCCUUCUGUCUUUAAUUCAGCCCGGGAGAAGCGCGCGGGGGGAGGUGCCUGGCGCAUGCGUAGUGCUCACGCCGACCACACGCAGCUCAGUCGCGACGUUUUAUAUGCAUCCACCAUGCAGUACUACACAAACACUACUCCGGCUGGAAGGAGACGCGCGAGCAGUCGGUCUUCCUGUAAACACUGCGCACGUCCGUGCCUCACGCUGUGGAUCAAAGCCGUGCUGUUCUUCCCUAACAUGGGCUAAGCGCAGCGCGCCGGGAUUACGCGCUUCAGCCAUGGAGACGCGGAGCUGCUGCUCUGAUUUCUCUUUUUAUUCCCUCUGAAAACGGAAAGCGCGUAAAGUGAAUUGAAAGACGGGGGGGAUCCUUUAACCCUCUCGGCUUGUAUCUUGGUUUGUUCUUCUUGCUCCUUGCUGUUCUUUUUGUCUUGUUUUGGGGAGAGAUGAUUGCAGAUCUGGUGUGUAGCGCUGUGGCUCUGGUCCUGUACGUCAACACACUGGGCGCUGAUUUCUGCUACGAUGACAGCCGUGCUAUCAAAACCAACCAGGACCUGCUUCCCGAGACGCCAUGGACCAACGUGUUCUACGAUGAUUUCUGGGGUACUCUGCUCACACACAGUGGCAGCCACAAGUCCUACCGGCCACUCUGUACGCUAUCCUUUCGCAUCAACUACGCGCUGAGUGGCCUGGAGCCAUGGGGCUACCAUUUAGCCAACGUGGCAAUGCAUUGUGCCGUAACGGCACUGUUCACACGCCUGGCACGCCUGCUGCUGGGUACAGGCUGCUGGAGGCUGCUGGCAGGCCUGCUGUUUGCCUCUCACCCUGUUCACACCGAGGCUGUGGCCGGUAUCGUGGGUCGGGCCGACGUGGGCGCGGCACUGUUUUUCCUCCUGGCACUGCUCUGCUAUGUGGGGCACUGUGACCAACGAGCGGAAGGAGCACAGCGUCGGUGUUGGGCGUGGUUCGCAGGCAGCCUGGCCUGCUCAGCGUGCAGCAUGCUGUGGAAGGAGCAGGGCAUCACCGUGCUCGCCGUAGCGGCUGUCUACGAUGUGUUUGUCUUCCAACGGAUGAAGCUGCAGCAGCUCCCUGGAAUCUUCUAUAAGAAGAAGAACAUGCGCCUCCUGCUGAGUGUGUUUCUUCUGGGCUCCUGGGGGAUCUUCCUGCUUGGGUUCCGAAUCUACUGGAUGGGCAACAAACCUCCCAAUUUCUCCAACUCUGACAACCCUGCAGCAGACUGCCCAUGUUUUCUGACUAGGGUGCUCACCUUCUUCUAUCUGCCCGCCAUGAAUAUGUGGCUCCUCCUUUGCCCAGACAGGUUGAGUUUUGAUUGGUCCAUGGACGCACUACCGCUUCUGAGGAGCAUCACUGAUUGGAGAAACCUCCAUACCGUCGUAUUUUACGCCAUACUGCUGACACUGGCAUGGUUUAGCCUUUUGACUCGAACAUUCAAGGAGAAGGAAACGAACGGGAAAGCCCAUGUAGCAAACGGAAAGUCCAGCACAAACGGACACAGUUAUCAUUCUGACUAUGAACACUCCAUUCCAGACUCUGACUCUGUUCAGACAAAUGGAGCCAAUGGGACAAAAAAGCACUGUAUGCCUAGAACUUCUCUGCCUACCACUGAGAACGUUGUGGUCUUCUCAUUAGGUUUGUUGGCCAUCCCCUUUCUCCCUGCAACCAACCUCUUCUUCUAUGUUGGUUUUGUAGUUGCAGAGCGAGUCCUCUAUAUCCCCAGCAUGGGCUUUUGUCUGCUGGUGGCAGUGGGGAUGAGGGCUCUCUGGAUCAGACUUAGGACAAACUCAUCAAGGACUCUGGUCCUCACCUGCAGUGCUUCGCUGGUGCUGCUAUUUGGAUUUAAGACAUUUCUGAGAAACCAGGACUGGCAUAAUGAGGAGAUGCUUUACAAGUCAGGGAUAACUGUGAACCCUGCUAAAGCUUGGGGGAAUCUGGGAAAUGUCUUGAAGAACCAGGGGCAGAUGGCAGAGGCUGAGCAAGCCUACAGAAAUGCCCUGUACUACCGCAGGAACAUGGCCGACAUGCUUUACAACUUAGGUCUGCUGCUACAGGAGAACAACAAGUUCUCAGAGGCUCUCCAUUACUAUAAGCUGGCCAUCGGGAGCAGGCCAACUCUCGCUUCUGCCUACUUGAACACGGGUAUCAUCCUAAUGAACCAGGGUCGCCUCGAUGAGGCCAAGCGAACCUUCCUCACCUGCGCUGACAUACCUGAUGAGAACCUGAAGGACCCACAUGCACAUAAGAGUUCCGUCACCAGCUGUCUCUAUAACCUAGGCAAGCUGUUGCAUGAACAAGGCCACCAGGAGGAAGCUCUGUCUGUAUAUAAAGAAGCAAUCCAGAAAAUGCCCAAACAGUUUGCUCCUCAGAGCCUCUACAACAUGAUGGGCGAAGCCUAUAUGAGGAUGAACAAGUUAGCUGAUGCAGAGUACUGGUACAGGGAGUCUCUCCGGGCCAAACCAGACCAUAUACCAGCACACCUCACCUAUGGCAAGCUUCUGGCCAUGACGGGACAGAAAGCCGAAGCAGAGAAGUACUUUAUAAAAGCCAUUCAGCUUGAUCCCACUAAAGGAAAUUGCUACAUGCAUUACGGUCAGUUUUUACUGGAAGAGUCCCGCCUCCUGGAAGCUGCUGAGAUGGCACAGAAGGCUGCUCAGCUUGACAUUGAGGAGUUUGAUGUAGUUUUCAGUGCAGCGCAUAUGCUCAGACAAGCCAGCCUCAAUGACGCAGCGGAGAAGUACUACAAACAAGCAGCCAGCCUGAGACCUGAUUACCCUGCAGCCUUGAUGAACCUCGGUGCUAUCCUUCAUCUGAACGGCAAACUUCAGGAGGCUGAAGCCAAUUACCUGCGAGCCCUGCAGCUCAAACCUGACGAUACCAUUACCCAGUCCAACCUGCGCAAGCUGUGGAACAUCAUGGAGAAACAAGGCCUGAGGACAAUGGCCCCUUGACUCAAACGCACUAUGUGGAGUUCAGUCUGAAAGAUACCUUCUCAUGUGAAGAGAUCCAUAUCUUGCGCAGUUCAGUAAUAAUUGUCUUUAGACAGACUAAAAUAAUUCCCUUGUAGGGUUGGGAUCAAAAAUCGGUACGUUGGAGAACUGCAACUUUAACACAUGCAAGACCUCUUCUUGCCUCUUGAAUUCUUCUUUCUUGCCCUGCACAGGACUUCACAGGACUUCACAGGACAGGCUGUUCUCAACAGGAGCACUUAAGCUGAAGUGGGCUGUUGGUACAUACUUGAAGUUUCUCAGUACUAAGACUAUUAAUUAGAUAAAUGAUGCCUAAUGGAAUAUGUAGGGCUGCGUUUGUCAUGAAGAAGUGCAAAAUUAUGAAAGAGUGAAUAUUUGUCCUCUGAAAGAAACAAAGGCGCGUUUUCACACAUCCUUGAUUCGUGUAAUUAGAUGAUCAGAUCUUUAGGGAAGCUUUCUUGAUGCUGAUCACAGGAAUCGUGUAUUCAUCAAAGAAAUUCUGGCCAUCUGUAAUUUACAUCAUUUUUUAUACUAAUGUUUCAACAAUGUCAAUUACUCGUACUGCAAUUACAAACCAGAGCGUUCAAAGGCUAGCAAAUGCUUCCUCAAUGACGUGAUCUGUUCCCCAUUUGCUGCUUUUGCAUUGUCACUUGGCAGCUGAACAUGCAUGAAGGAAAGUGUUAACUGUUCUCAUUUCUAUACACAAGCUAACGUUGUACACAGCUGACUAGUUUAGAUGCACUAAACUAGUGGAAAGGGGCAAAUAAUGGCUAUCAGUAACAGUCAUUAAUGGCCAUCGGUCUGUCACAGAAAAGAGGGUUGAUGAUUCUCUUGUGGAUUCCCAGCUACUUAUGUGUGUCAAGAUCUAAAUUCACAUUCUCCUAACAACACAGAGAACUUUUAUAGCUGAUAUUCAAGAAAAUAGAUCAUAGACUGUCUGUUUUUUGGCAUAUCAAGAACAGAUGCAAUGCAGAUCAACCCAUCCAGUGCCAAUUUCACACAGUGUGUGGUAAUUCAUUUUAUAAAAGUCAGCUGCAAACAUAUUUGUCAAAUGACAGCGAUAAUGAGAAAGCUCUGAAAGCGCUGACAAGAAAUGAUCAAUCGGCGUAUUAAACAAUAAAAAUAAAUCAUAAAUUACAAUAAGCUUUUUAGUCAUAUUAGUGUCAUGGGUGGUGGUCAUCUUUACAGAUGGAUGUACCAGGAUGUUGAGAACAUGUACUGUAGCAGAGAUGGUUUCUUUGCUCAUUUCUGUGCUGAUAAAUUUAGUCUAUAAUUUACACCGAGGAAAUGACUUGACUCUUGACUUGUUUACCAGGGUUUUGUCAGUUGUAAACAUUGUACAGAUGUGUAUAGAUAGAUGGUGUAGUAAUUUGGGUGUAAUUACAACAGGAUUUACAGACAAAAUGCUACACUUUGGCCUUAUAGAAAUUCGAUCAAAUCAUAUUUUUUACUAUUUCAACCCAAAGCUUUAUGUACUAUACAGUAUAUUUGCUGAAGCCUACAGUCUGCCUUUUGCUGCCAUAUGAAUAACACAACCUGCAACUCAGAUUCCUCACUAAUUUUAAGCCAUUUGGAUUAUGUUGUAUUAUUUAUUUAUUUGGGAUGAUUUUCCGUCUUUUAGUUUUAUUAACCCAUCUAGAAAAAGGAACAAACACUGGGCCUCAUUUAUCAAUAUUUUGCUACAAUUGUGUGUACAUGUUUAACAGGCCAAGCCAAACAAAUUUAAUUUCAUAAACUCUGUUUCCUUCACCCUCACAUGCGUACGUUCUUACGGCAUUGCUGACAUCCAUUUAGUGACUCCAUAAAAGGUAAAGUUCACAGUUAAUGAGCACCUUCUAAGCUUGGUGUGUGUUUAGUAUUCCAGUAAUGCAGCUAAGCCAAUGCAGCAGACUGACUGCAAUAAUAGACACAGAAUAACUCUACCUCCUUUUACAGGGUGCCAUUACUUUUCCCCCAUAUUAAAUACCUAAUAUCUUUUGGAUUUAUUUGUUCAUUUGUUAUUUGUUUUGGAUUAUAAACUUGCAGUAACAGUGAUAUGAUUUGAACCCCAUCAGUGGGGUUUUACAGUAGUGAGUCUCCUUGUAUGUAAAUCUGAACAGAGCUCUUAUAGGACAUUUUGUUUUGUUUAGUUUUUCUUGUACUAACUGGGCGUCUUGUCUAAGGGGCUUUUUACACCUGGUCACUUCAUGUGUUUUCUGUGAUCGGAUAGCUAUCCGAUCGUAAAAAGACCAGGUGUAAAUGCCCUCCGAAACGUUUUCGAUACAGAUAUAAAUCCAAUUGUUCAAACCACUUCAGGAGGUGGUCUGGGACGCAUUUCAGAUAAAACUGGAAAGGUGUAAAUGCUAAACGCUAUACUCCUCCCAAACGGAAGUACGUCACUCGCAGGUGACUCACGAGUCGUGCAUCACGCCAGAAACAAAUAACAUGGACGACACGCAGGCACUUAUUGCUCUUUGGAGUGAUGAAAGCAUCCAACAAAAGCUUUGUAAAACAUAUAGAAACAAAAGUAUAAGUAUAUACAACAAAGCGUGUUCCAUUUCAAUUACCCUGGAAAUGAGGUCAAAUAUAUUUGCAUUUUGGGUGGGAGUAGAAAGAUCGGAUUGAUAUCCGAUUCGCCAAGACGCAUUUAUGUGGUCUAAUUUAAACGGAACAGUUUUAACAAAUCAGAUAGCUAUCCGAUCAGAGAAAACACAUGAAGUGACCAGGUGUAAAAAGGCCCUAAAUGCCCUUGGGAGUGUUUUAUGAAAAUAUGUAUUUGGAUCCAAUUUGAUAAAUGAGGCCCAAUAUCAAAUACCAGGAAUAUAUUUUUGAAUUUGUAUGUAAAUGUUUAGCUUACAGUUUAAAAUGAUUAGAAAUGAGACUAAGAGCAGUGUACAGUAUGAAUUACCAAGCUGGCACCAGGCUUCAUGUUCCUCUAACUGGACAAGAACACAAAUGUCCCCUCAUUAAACACAAUUUUUUUUUCUCUACUUUACUAGAACAAACCCUAUGUUGCCUCUCUGACCCAAACCUUUAGCUAGAAGCUCUACAAUUUGGAAAAGUCUUUGUUAAUUCAACAGUGUUUAAGAGAAUGUGUUGGAGCUACUGCAUAAGCAUGUUCUUCUUCUUCUGCUUGCCUUUCACUUUGUUUCACAGCAAAACUGUAGCCGGACUUCGGAAUUUUGCGUCAGAUGCAAAAAGCUUUGAGAGUCUCCUAACCAAAUAUAAAACACAUUGCACUCAUCUAACAAUGCACAGCCAUAGGGUUGUAAGGGAUUGUUUAUAUGUCAUCCUGGUGUAUUAUUUUUGUGAUUUUUUUUGUAUCACUCAUACAGAAUUUUAGUGUAUAAAGUAAACCUAAUAUAUGCCAUUGUGUAAAAUUUUGCGAUACGAUUUUGCGAUAAACGUUGAGCCAGAAAUCUAAAUCCUAACAUUCACUUCUCUUUCUAUCUUUUUUUUUUGCUUUUGUUAUUAUUCAGCUGUUAAUAUUUGUACAUAUUGUGUGCGAAUAUAUUACUUGUAAUUAACAUUUAUGUACUGUACUCAACCCUGUCACUAGCUCAUGUUUCUCUUGUUAUUGUUUAUUUCAAAUCAUGAAGAAUAUUGAGCUUUUUUUCCCUUUUUUCUUUUUUUUUUUCUUUUGUUUUGAGUUUGAGUUUGCUCUCAAAAUUUGAAAGGCAUAUAAUUGGAUGUUUAGCAGAUUUUUAAUUCUUAAUUUAUUUCCAUUGUGGUGUCUUGUAGAAGAAAAAUAAUAAUAAUAAACCAGCUGGCACUGUGUUGUAUAACCAUGGAACAAGUUCAUCCAUCUAUUCUUUCUUUCAGAGCCACUUUUGAAAAAUUAUUGAUUAUAGUAGGGUGAAAAUAUCCAACCUAUUAAUUGCCUUGCUUUGACAUCAGUUUCCUUCAGAUGGGCGUUCAUCUAAAAUCUCAAUAACUAUAUUUUCCAAUCAGGCUUACUGGAUUAAUAAACGAAAAAUGCAAAGCAUUGUGCCACUUCUCUUUGUUCCUUCGCUUCUCCCUGUAGCUGACCUGACCACAGCUCUUUUCUCCUCCAUGAAUCUUGGCUCAUGAUGGAUUUAAAUGGCUGUGACUGGGUUCAGACCAUGCUGUGUGUAUACUCAGCUACACCACGAUGUGUGAAAGUAGUGCAUCAUCUCCACCUUCUUUCUUCACUUGUACAAAAUGAAAACCAUUCGACAUGAGUCUUGCGUGUGUUUGUCUUUUCCUCAGGGAUUUCCGUCAGUGGGGUCAUUGCAGAAGAGUGCUUACUGUACUGAGCACUGAGAGUUUACUAAAUUUCAGAAGUUUUAUUUUAUUUUAUUUUAUUUUUUAAACUGUGUUGUAUUUGUAUAAAUUAUCAAUUUGUAGUUCCUUUCUUCCUUUUUUGUAAUAUAAAAUAAAGUAUGUGCCAGAUAUGA